UCUCGCCACCGUCACGUGUGCUCCGCUCUCCCCGGGGAGCACUUCCGGUGGCGUUUCCUGUGUUUGUAAACUGAAAUCGAAGUCGGCUAAGACCGAGAGAAAACAAACGCUUCGUUAAAACAAAACCAGUUGUGGUCGCUGGGUUCCUGCCAGAUGACCGGGGUGGAUGAAGUGUUAAUCCAAGCUGAGCAGCCUGAUCGAGGGGCCCCAGUGGCACAGCGCACACCCUAACGCACACCGGCCAGCUCCGAUGGCGCAUUUACCAGGCAGCGCGGUGAGGGAUCACAUGAAAUGGGCGGGGUUGCUGGGGUGCGAGGCCGUCCUCUCCAGCAUGGCUCUCAUGCAGGCCAGCACCAUGGUGGGACAGAAGAAGAUGAUGUCUCAGAUGUCCCAAAUGUCCCAGAUGUCCCACAGCAGCGGGGGAGGAGGGGCGUCUCACAGGGACAGCGGGGACAGAGGACACAGCCACUCUCACAGUCACAAUCACAUGGUCAUGCCUGCAACACUCAGCUGCCCCCCACUGGUGAUCCGGAAGGAAGGAGAUUUCCACGCUGCCCGAAUUCUGGAAGACAAAAUCCCGCAGGAGUCGGACGAGCAGCAGCUGAAAAAGAAAAACAGGAAGUCCGGGACGCCCUGCAAAGUGGUGGCGGUGGAUGAGAAUGGGGACUGUCCGUUGAAAGUUCAGAAAAACUUCAUCUGUGAUCAUUGCUAUGGAGCCUUCCGCAGCAGUUAUCACCUGAAGAGACACAUUCUAACACACACAGGAGAGAAACCGUUUGCGUGCGACGUCUGCGAUAUGCGGUUCAUCCAGCGCUAUCACCUGGAUCGACACAAACGUGUUCACAGCGGAGAGAAACCGUACCAGUGCGACCGGUGCCAGCAGAACUUCUCCCGGACGGACAGGCUGUUGAGGCAUCGGCGGCUGUGCCAGGGCAGCGCGGUGAAGACGGAAACCCACGCUUGCUGUGACAGCAGAGCCUACUCUCAGGACCAGACCUCCCCCAGCUCGGGGUGGAGCCCCAUGACGCAGGCAGCCUCCGGCAGGCUCGCGGUCUGAGCAGGGAGGCACGGGUGUGAUCGCAGCGUUCCCUUGCCUUGGAGUGCUGGGAGUCACCCGGUCAAAGCUGCAUUGUGGCUUGACUCUAGUAACAGUGACAUGGACAUUAUUUUAUUUUUUUUAACCCCUCCAAGCUAGUUAAUACUAUUUAAAAAAAACAAAAAAAUGUUUUUAUGGCGGUACCGUUCUCCAAUGUGUGUUUUUAAAUGUUUUAUUUUGUAUUGAAGGGGAGGGAUGAGAGCGGGAGGGGUCUAGAACAGUGAUGGGGUUGUUUUUAUUUUAUUAUUUUAAAUUUUUUAAACAAAGGGUAUUCAGAAAAUUCAGGUGGCUGCACGGUAGUGCAUUGCUCCAUUGUGUCAAGCUCCUGGGUUUCAUUUUUUUUUUAUAUAAAUAGAAACUUUUGUUAAACUUCACACUUUCUUUUCUAAUAGAACAAUGUAGUUUGUGGUCCUGAGUGUUUUUAUAAGUAGUUUAUAUAUAUAUAUAUAUAAUUGUACAUUUGUUGUCUCACAAGCCCAAGUUCAAAAGCUCGAAAAAGGUGUUUCUUGUAAAAUGUUGAAGCAAAAAGAGGCAAUAAAUCUGCCCCUUCAUGGGCUUGUGUCUGAACAGCAGAAACCACUUUUGGAGAAUGUAAACCAAAUGGGUUGUCAACAAGGCCUUCCUCCUUUCUGUGGAAGUAGACCUCUUAAGAAUGUAGUUACACCAAGAAAUUAUAUUUUUAAUUACAAAACUAACCAUGCUUUCUGAAGCGAGCGUUUAAACACACACACACACACACACACACACACACAUAUAUAUAUAUAUACAGCUACGUGCACAACUUUCCCAAAAUGAUUUCAGCCGUUCUGCCUUUUUUAGUUUUGAAAUAUGAAUACUUCUCAAGCAGAUUUUUUUUUAACUGCAAACAUAAAAUUAAUCAAAACUAACUUGAAAGCUUUUUGCCCAUUUAAAAAAAAAAAAAAGUCACGUUCUUUAUUUUAAAUUUCCUCAAUUCUAUGAACUUUUCUACAAGCUAGUUAUCAUUUGUACAAAACUGGAAACUUUAACAACACUGGAGAUAAAAAAAAAAAAAAAGCUGUUCCUGGUGGAUGUGAGUUUUCUUUUGUACGUGAAAAUGACACAGUAUUGAGAUCACAGGUUAUUGUCCUGUUGCUGGUGCUUCUGCGUUUGUUUUUUUUAAUUUCUUUUACUGUGUGUAUCUCUAAGCGCAGAACACCUGGUUGCUCUCACAUAAUCAGCAUUGUCCUUUUUUUUUUAGGGUUCAGAGUACCUCAAAAACAGCAAACUGUUAUAGCAUCUCUCUUUUGAAGUAGCUUACAUAGGGAAACUUCAGUUUGUGCCUGCCUGUCUAGUUUAGCAAUCACAGAUAUUUUAUUACAUGUUUUUUUUUAGCUAUUUAAGUCUUGCAUGUCAAGCCGUGAACCUUACGAUUUAGUUUGCAGGACCCAGUGUUCAUUUAUUAUGUGUAGUUUUUAAAAAAGAAAAAAAAAAACAUUGUAUUAAAAAAAGUAUCCUCACCCUCUUUAUAUUUGUUUAGUUUGUACGUAGUGCAGGGCUGCCAGUAAGCUAAAUAAAAGAUUUUAUGAUUUUUCUGCUGUACAGAUUCAUUUAACAAAGAAA